CCCACAGUGCUUUGCAGAGAGCAUUCCUAUUAUUUGAACUAGCCCGGAUUUCAGAGUCUUCCGCGUUAUCAUCCUCUCUGAUAUUAUAUCUAACAAGUGACAUAGUGUCACCUAUAUAGAUACAGUCGUCUCAGAGACUGAUACUUUUCUAAACGGCUAGAAUUUCAGUUUGCAGAAGUGAUUUUCAAAGAUUAGCUUUCGUAUUUCCGGGAUACUCUUGUGACAGUCAGCUGAUACUUUGUUGUAUUCAUUCAGUCUCAGACAUUGCAGCCAGCUUAGAGUUAAGUACAUCUAUUGUAACAAUUAGUAUUUUUUGAGGGGCAAAGUGAUUAGAUAAGAAAUGGCCACACAUCCACCGAAGUUACAAGUUGUGAUGACUUCAAAUGAAAGGUUGCAAAACUUAAAAAAGACCUUUCAAAAAAUGUAUGGAGAGCCUCCCCAGUUCUAUGCCUGUGCUCCUGGGAGAGUUAAUUUAAUAGGGGAGCAUAUUGAUUACUGCGGCUAUGCUGUUCUCCCAAUGGCGAUUGAACAGAAUAUUCUUGCAGCGGUCUCAGUCAACGAUUCCCAAACAAUUCAGUUGGCUAAUGCAAAUCCCAAAUACAAGGAUUUCACCGUCUCUAGCAAGGAUAUCAGGAUCGACCAAGACAACCCACAGUGGCAUUAUUACUUUCUCUGUGGUGUUAAGGGCGUUCAGGAUUACUUGGGGUUGUCUCCUCUGGCUGGGAUGCGGUGUGUGGUGGAUGGGAUUGUCCCUCCUAGUUCAGGACUUUCCAGUUCAAGUGCCCUGGUGUGCUGUGCAGGUCUCCUAACAAUGGAGGCUAAUCACGAGUCUCUCUCUAAGGUGGCGCUUGCUGAGAUCUGUGCCAAAUGUGAGGGCUACAUUGGCACAGAGGGAGGUGGUAUGGACCAGUCGAUCUCUUUCCUGGCAGAGGGGGGAACUGCAAAGUUCAUAGAAUUCCACCCUCUGCGGGCCACUGACGUCAGGCUCCCUGAAGGAGCGGUGUUUGUCAUCUCUAACUCCUGCGUAGAGAUGAACAAAGCCGCUACAUCUCACUUCAACAUUCGUGUCGUAGAGUGCCGGAUAGCCACCAAGAUACUGGCCAAGGCCCGGGGCCUGGAGGGGAACAACCUUCUGAAGCUGGCUGAGGUCCAGACGCAGCUAGAUGCCUCCCUGGAGGAGAUGCUGGGCCUGGUGGAGGAGGUGCUGCAUCCGGAGCCCUACAGCAGAGAGGAGAUCUGCAAGGCCCUGGGAAUCACCUCUGAGCAGCUGUGUGUGGACCUGCUCAGUGCCAACACCCAGCAUGUGACCCACUUCAAGCUGUUCCAGCGUGCCAGGCAUGUUUAUGGUGAGGCCGCUCGGGUGCUCCAGUUUAAGAGUGUGUGCGAUUCUGCACCAGCUGGGGCCAUUCAGCUCCUAGGAGACCUGAUGAAACAGAGCCACGCAAGCUGCAGGGACCUAUACGAGUGCAGCUGCUCUGAACUCGACCAACUUGUGGACAUAUGUCUGAACUCGGGGGCUGUGGGCUCUCGGCUUACAGGGGCCGGGUGGGGAGGCUGUGCCGUCUCCAUGGUACCCAGUGAGAAGGUGGAGUCCUUCCUGCAGAAGGUUAGGGAGCAGUACUACAUGCCAGAUUCCCGACGAGGGGCUCUGGAGAAACAGAGUCUGUUCGUGUCCAAGCCUGGAGGAGGAGCAGCCAUUUUUCUUGAAGAGUGAUGUGGAGGAAGUGAUGUGGAGGAAGUGAUCUUUUCACCUGCUUUUGACCGGAUGAUGUGCUAAUGUCUUGACGAAGUGGAUGACCUAACUUCAUGCCACACUUUUAAAGAUUUUUCAUAAUUAAUGGUGGGUAAAACUGUUGCACAACAUAAGGAAGGGAAUUCAGCUUUUAUACUUUUGUGUAAUGUUCAAUUAUUAAGUGUUGAGGUCAAAAUUGCUAUUGACAAUCAAAAGCAGUUAUAAACGUAUAAUUUAUCAGACUAGUAAUUACAAAGGGAAUUUAGUACUUUUUCUCUGACACUGCAUCUAUUGCUGCAUUCUUGGAAUUACAUUUUAAAGGGGUUCUCUCAUGACACUGUGUACAUUCCAAUAGUAAAGUAUACAAUUUACAUUUACAUUUAUUCAUUUAGCAGACGUUUUUAUCCAAAGCGACUUCCAAGAGAGAGCUUUACAAAGUGCAUAGGUCACUGAUCAUAACAACGAGAUAGCCACAAAACAUUGCGAGUAGCCAAAACAUGAAGCACACAUUGUGAACAACCAAAGUAAGUGCCCAAAGGGAAGAACCAUAAGAGCAUGUAGUUAAACAAGUUACAAUUAAACAAUAUGAACUGCUAUAAGUGCAAGUGUACCUGUGGAAAAAAAAGACAAGCAACAAUAAUAAAAAACAAUAUAUCACAGCGAGUACAAACAAUUUUAAAUCAGUUACCACUAACCACAAGAGCAACAAGUCUCUGAGCAAGAGUCAUUGUGAUCCUUGAGGAAACUAACAUCGGGUCAAGCGAACCAUUCCUAAGUACCAUUGUACUCCCGAUUUAUAAUGGUUACAGUGAUGUAUGUUUGCUAUUUGGGGUGUAAUUUCAAUAAAUAGUUUAUGUAUGAAGAAUAUCAACAAGAAGUUUAUUUUGUGCAGUAUAUAAAUCUAUACCCAUCACAAAAGAAAAUAAGUAAGUCAUUGAAAUUGC